UAUAUAUAUAUUUUCUUGUUUCAUUCAAUAUCUUUCAAAUAAUUUAUAAUAUAAACAAAUAUUAAUUUACAUUUUUUUUUUUUUGGAAUAAAAAUUAUUUUAAAAAAAAUUAUUAAAAAAAUAUAAAAAAAUAAAAAAAUAAAAAAUAAUUAAUUAAAAUAUUUAAAUAACAAAGCAGCAGUAAUGAUAAAUUUAAAAUCAUUGGAAAAAUUAAAGAAAUGUGUAGUCCCAUUAAAAAGCAGAAGUUUAAUUAAAGUUGUUGGUAGUGAUGCUUUAAAACAUCUUCAAGGAUUAACAACCAAUAAUUUAAAUAGAUUAAAAGAUUCACAAUCAUCCAAUUCAUCAAUUUACAAUGGUUUCUUACAAUCUAACGGAAGAUUGUUAUUCGAUUCAAUUAUUUCAUUAGACAAAGAACACUCCAUCAAACAAAAAGCAGAAUUUGUUAUUAGUAAUGGUAAUGGUAAUGGAAAUGGAAAUGGUGUUGUAGACUCUUUUAUCAUCGAUAUUGACAAUGCAGUUUUAAAUGAUGCUGUUGCUCAUUUAAAACAAUACAAACUUAGAAACAAAAUAGAUAUCAUUGAUGUCACCGAUCAAUAUAGAGUUUAUUCAAUUCUUGAUAAAACCUACAAGACUGUAAGAAAUGAUGAAUUGCUUUCAAUUUUAGAAGAUGAGGGUUGCUCAGUUAUGAGUGAUCCAAGACAUCAAAUUAUGGGUGUUAGAUUGUUAGUUCCAUCAAAUAAAUCAAGUAGUAUCGAAAACCAUUUGGCUAAAUAUGAAACAAUGGAUGAAGAAAUUUAUCAUUUAUUUAGAUUAAGCCAAGGCAUUCCAGAAGGUAGAAAUGAGUAUCAAUGGGGUAGUGUCAUUCCACUAGAGUAUAAUUUUGACUUAUUAAAUGGUGUUGAUUUCCAUAAAGGUUGUUAUUUAGGCCAAGAAUUAACAAGUAGAACUCAAUUCACUGGUCUCAUUAGAAAAAGAGUAUUCCCAGUAGUUAUGAAAGUAGAUAAUGUUGAAAGUCCAUCUGUAAUGGAUGAAGCCAUCGUCGAUCCAAAUAAACCACCAAAAGAAUCACUUCUUUUCCCAAAACGUAUAUUAAACUCUUUAAAUGACCACCCACACCCAGAGCCCAAUUCAGUUUUAUCAGUAAAAAAUAUUUCACCAACCCAUAAAAGUACUCCAAUCGAAACAUCUGAUACUGUCAAGAGUGGUGAACCACAAUCACUUAAAUCUGGUAGCAGAUCCCAAGAUAAGUUUUUAUUUGGAAAACGUAGUUUAGGUUUAGCAAUGCUCAAGGUCGAAAAUAUUGACAUUUUCCAAUUGGAUAACACAGUCAUUCAUGAUAACCAAGGCAGAGAAGUAUCAUUAUUACCCCCAUCAUGGCUUACAAAACUCGGUGAUAAAAUGACACCACAACAAGUUUCAUAAAGUGUAAAAGAAACCAUUAGUAAUGGAAGGUUUAAUUAAUAAAGAUAAAUUUAUUUAAAAUAAUUCUAUAUAAUAUUUAAACAAAAAGU